AUGAAUAAGAAGAUCGAAGGGAAUUUUGAAAAAUAAAAGCAAUACCAAAAGGAUUUGCAAGAUAUCUAAGAUAAGUGCAAAAAAGCAACCACAGAUAUAAGGCAAAGGCUGUUGGAUGGAUGUGCAAUAAAAUUGAAAAACGAGGAUGUCAUGUAUAUUUACAAUAAAAUCUAUCGGUUGACAGAAGAUGCAGGGACUGCACAAGCAUUAAAGAAUUAUUCGAAGAAUCAAAAUAACAGAGGAGAAAAGGUGGAAGAAUAGCUGAUCUAAUAUUUUAAGGAUAUUUUGAAUGAAUUCAUUGCUGAUAUCUAUAUGAGGCUCAACGAAUUCCAAGGGGAAAAAGAGAGCGUACUCUUUAUUGUCUCAAGAACAUAUCAUGAUUACAGAUCUUACUCAUAUUGGCUUUACAAAAUGUUCUUGUAUUUGGACAAAUUCGCUAUGCCACAUGUUGGAACUUCUCUGUGCAGCACAUCUUUAAAGCUAUUCAAGGAGGGAUACUUCGAUAAGUGCAAUAAACUGAUUUUAAACACAAUUUUACAAUUUAUUUAGGAAACAAGAAAGAAUGGAAUAUUGUUGAAUAAAUAAAUCAAACAUCUCAUCAAUUUGUUCUCCGUCAUGGGUUCCAGAGAAGUUGAAUUCACUAAAGCACUAGGAGAAUAUGACUACAUCUGUAAAAAACAAGAAGAUGCAUAAAAAUACUACAAGGAUAAUUUCCAAUAUUAUCUUUUGCUAGAAACUUCCAAAUUCUAUAAGGAUGAGAUCGAAGACAAAUAAAAAUUUACUGCUCCUGAGUUUGUAAGCUGGGGCAAUUCUAUUUUCAAGCUGGAAUUGGAUAUGUGCAUAGAAUGCUAUCCCAAGAGUCAAUAGGCCAUUGAAAAUAAGUUGAAGAUUAUACUAGUCAAAGAUCAAGCAACCAGAUUGGUGGACUCACCCACAGGAGUUGGUUAUAUGUUGUAAUAUGACAGAACUGAUGAAUUGAAAUAAUUGUUUUAAUUCAUCUUCAGAACUAAGGAAUGCAUUACUCAUAUUGCCAAGGCUUACCAAACUUAUUUCGAGUAGCAAGGACAAUUAAUUAAUAAUUCGAUUGAGCAAGAACAAUAAUAAGUAAAAGACGGUCGUCAAAUACAUGAAGCUGAACUCUAUUUCACUAGAAUGUUGGAAGUUAUGGAAAAGGCCUAAAGUAUAUUAAAGAAUCAAUUGCAAGACGAACCAGAGAUUUAAAAAUCUUACAGUGGAGCCUUCAUGUUGGUGAUCAAUAAGAAUGAAAAAUCCCCAAUGUGGUUAGCUAUUUAUACUGAUAUCAUCAUAAGAAGCGAAAAGGGAGUCAAUGAGAUGGAAACUGAUAAAAGGUUGAGCAAAAUUGUAUCCCUCUUUCAAUUGCUUUAUCAACGAGAUGUGUUCUUUAGACAUUAUUAGAAAUUCUUAUCGAAUAGAUUGCUCAAUCAAUAACUAUAGAACAUCUAAUUGGAAAAGCAAUUGCUGUAGAAAUUCAAGGGAGAAACCGGUACUAAUGUAUUAACUCAAUUGUCCAGCAUGAUCAACGAUAUUGAAUAGUCCAAUAGAUUUGCCUCAGAUUAACAAAUCAGUAAAGAUACCAAAUUUGAUUUGAAUGUGUUCUUGUUAUCCCAAGGUUGUUGGCCAAUCACCACCAUCCUAGAUAAUGUUAUUAAGCCAAUUCAAAUCUAAAAUGUUCUGGAGAAUUACGAGAAGAUAUAUUUGGGUAAACACAAUGGAAGAAUACUCACUUGGUGUUUUAAUAUGGGGUAAGGGGAAUUAAUAUACAAAUUACAAGCAGACAAAUACUAUCUGAAUGUGAAUACUAUGUAAAUGAUUGCUUUUCUCUUAUUCAACUAAGCGACAUAAUUCUCAAUCAAGAAUAUCUUGGAAAUGACCAAAAUUGAUAAGAUUGAUUUAGAAAACUCAUUGAUUCCUUUCGUUUGCUUGAAGAUCAUCUAAAGAGAGAAAUAGGAAAUUGAGGAUUUUUCAGAUGAAAAUGAAAUUCUCAAACUGAAUUUGGGUUUCAAUAAUAGGGCCAAAAAAAUGAAAUUAUUGCCUAAUCCGAAGAUGCAACCCAAAAGAAUUAGUAAGGUCAAGGAGCAAAAUCAGGAAGAAUUACAAUAGAUGGAGUAAAUUAACAAGCAAAGGGAAUUUGUGGUCGAUUCUUAAUUGGUCAGAUUGAUGAAAUCAAGAAAAACUAUUAAACAUCAUGAAUUGCUAGAAAAUUGCUAAUAAAUGAUUUCAAUCUUUAAACCUGAUAUAUUAUUCAUCAAAAAGAGAAUUGAAAAUUUGAUAGAAAGAGAAUACAUCAGAAGAGAUGAAAAAGACUGGAAUAUUUAUCAUUAUUUGAAUUGA